AUGGAAGAGAUUUUGGAGAGUCAACACAAGAAGAAGAAGAGCGUAGAAACGUACAAGAUCUACAUCCUCAAGGUGCUGAAGCAAGUUCAUCCAGACAUCGGUACCAGCAAGGCCAUGGGUAUCAUGAACAGCUUCAUCAACAAUAUCUUCGAGAAACUCGCUCAAGAGUCAUCUAUGUUGGCUCAUUACAACAAGAAACCCACCAUCACUUCCCAGAAGAUUCAGACGGCCGUCAGACUUGUUUUUCCCGGUGAGUUGGCCAAACACGCUGUCUCUAAAGGCACUAAGGCGGUUACUAAGUUCACAAGUUCCUAA